UAACUUCCGGACAAUUGUCGGGCGGACGAUACGUCGGGUCGUCUACUUUAGAGAUCCAAUCAAAUCAUUCGUUUCGUGAAUGUAUGUGGGCGAUAUCAAAACAUUGUCAGCGUUUAUAAAUAUUGCGCGAUUUAUUUACAAAAUUUAAAACCUUGAUAAUAUUGACUGAAAAUCAAUGGCUUAUAAUUUUAUUAUAUUUAAUAGAGGUGUCUAGUGUAAGAUUACAGUGUAAUUUGAGAGAAACGUUUGACUUUUCUUUGACUGUGGGUGAUUAAUAAAUUUCUGUGGUUAAAAUGACCGCUUCUACGAUGAUUGAAUUGGAGUCCUGGAUAAUCUACCAAUGUGUCCUCAAUGAGUGUCAUGUCUCCAGCUGAGCUGGAGAUAUAGCAAGUUUUGUUUAGUUCCAGUUUUUUUUUUAAUUUCUUCAUGGUGUCUACUUCAAUGGAAGGCGGUGCGUGGUGCGCGCGCGAUAUCUCGUUGCGCGCACAGAAGAAGUUCCUGUCGAGGGUGGGCGGCGUCGCCAGCGCGCGGGCCCUUGUUCUCGACGAACACGCCGCCAAGCUCCUCGAUCAGUUCUUAACGGUUCUUCGCGAGCGUCUGGAGAAGCGAGAAGCGGAGAAGUUGGUGAAGCAUGUAAUCAAAGCGGCAGUGAAGCUGGGGGUACUGCGGCGGCACGGACAUCUCUCCCCCGCUGACGAUAGAGCACUCGCUGCAUUCCGCUCAAAGUUUCAUACUGUGCUGAUGGCCGUAGUAUCGUUCUGCGAGGUGGACUUCUCAUACGACCGCGGAUUCUUACAGGAUGCGCUGCGUGAAUCGCACCAGUCACUAAAAUCGGUGGUGGAGCGACACCUGUCGGACAAAUCUGUGUCGCGGCUGGCUGGCGUGUUCGCACUAGUUAGUCGCGCCGAACUACUAGACUCUCUGUUCGCGGGCGCCGUAUCAGCCGACGUCCAAGCUCUCGCCCGCCUUCUCCGUCGCGAGCUCGACCGCGGCCUUCUUUAAGGUGCGUCUCACACUAUCAGAGACCAUUCUUACUCUUCUUACCUUCGUGACUAUGUUCACAACGUUAUCUCCACAAAUGGAGAUUUGUUCACUUAGUAGUUGAGAGAGGUACUGCUUGGCACCAACACUUGGUGUCGGCGUGCCCUGUUCGGCAACCGUCGACGUUUCACCCGUGUUGCACUGUUUUGGAAAUAUUGGAUUGAACGAAUGAGCUCGUGUAUCGUGUUUGGACUUUGUAAUUUAUUUCUUCGUGUAUUUCCAAAGAGUCGGAAAUAAUCUGUUUCUUUUUCUUGUAUACAAAUAUUAUGUGCAAUCAAACGAGACUUAAGUUUUAAACUAGUGCUUCUAUUUCUUUUUUUUUUUUCAUCUGUCGCACGUAUUUCACUGAUGUGAUCACGUAAUUUCCUAGAUUGGUGUUUUAUAUGUAUAGAUUGAAUCGAUAUUAGCUCUCUCAGAUUUUACUCGUAAUUAUUAUAUUUAUGGUUAAUUUAAGUUGAAUUUUAAUUCAAAAUAUUGUCAAAUGAAACUUGCUUUUUUGAAAGAAUUUAAUUACAUUUGACAAUAUAUUGAUAAAAACAUGUAUUAUUAUAUAAAGUACUCUGAAAUGUUUUUCUAAAAGGUCUGUAUGGAUAGAUGUCAUUAAGACAACGUAUUGGAUUGGAUAAUAACAGUUAAAAUAAACUGUUAUAUAUCGGUUUUAAGAGCUUUAUUCACUAUAAUGAUCGACUGGCUGUUAUAUCAUAAGUGUAAAUUAAUUGUAACCGUUCAUUUAAAAAUAACAGUAGAAUAAUGUCAGAACAAACUGGUUAGUUAAGUUUUUCUAAUCUUAAAUUUAUAUUUAAUUGAGUCAUUAAGCGCAGAUUACUACAUGUUAUAAAUGGUAAAGACUAACACAAAAAUACUCAUAAAAAUUAAUCUCCUAUUGAAGUUAUAAUGAUUUUUUUUUUUAUAAAUCAAUAUUACUGCCUCUUUUUUAUAACUGCAUUUAAUUUAUACGUAAUUUUCAAUUUGUUGCAUCAAGUUUUAAUAAAUCAUAUUGGUUUGUAAGCACUGUAUGACAACAUGUUGUAUGAUUUAUAAAAUUAUAUAAGUUAAUAUUUAUUUAUUAAUUAUCCUUAAAUAAAACCUAUAAAUAUGAUGUUUGUGUAAUAACAUUUAACACGCUAAUUCUUAUUCGUCGUUAUAACACAAUGACACAAAUUUUGAGUCUGUAUAAAUUUGAAUUUGAAUAAAAUGCAUUAUUUUAGGAUGAUUCGGAGAUUUAGAUAAAAUUUUUAGUGUUUAUAUUUCUAUUCUAGUAUUUGAACACUUAAAUCAUUCAACAUGAAAAACAUAUGUUUCUGUCUUCAAGUAAAGUUCCAUUAACAUUGAACUUCGAUUGUAAGUUUUGUUAAUACGCUGAUAUGCUAAUCAUUUGGCGUGAAUUUACUGGGUACAGAGGAAUAACACCUGAGUCCUCAGGAAUGGCAACGCAUGGGGGGUAUCAUGGGCGAAACAGUAUACUCUGUUAUGUCCAUAGUACUGCUCAUGUCUAUAGGCGACGGUUACCACUUUCCAUCAGGUGGGCCAUCAGAUUGUUUGCCAUUCUAAGUUGUAUAAAAAAAAAUUAAUAAAAUCCAUAUUCAGUUGUAUUUUUGUUACUUCAAUUAAUAAAUAAUGAAAUUAUAUUGUUAUCCAUAUGAAUCUGAAAUGUCAGUAAUUUUCAAGCGACUUUGUGUGGAGACCAAAUUUAAACGUGUUCUAAUCGUUUCAUGAUUGGCUAUUGAAUUCUAAUAAUUUAUCGUUACAUUUCAUAAUUAACCAUUACAUUCUAAUAGUUUAUCGUUAAGUUUCAUGAUUAACUAUUAUUACAUUAUAAUAAUUUAUUGUCACAUUUCAUGAUUAACCAUUGAAUUCUAGUAAUUUAUCGUCACGUUUCAUGAUUAACCAUUGGAUCUUAAUAAUUUAUCGUCAUAUAACAUAAUUUUGUCGUCACGGUAAUGUUUAUACCAAAAUUGGGGACGUAUACUAAAAAUUAAAAUCGUGUCAUGCUACGAUAAGUUAUAAAACUGUACAUCAGCGGCUAGACAAAAAUUUACUUUUUUCAGCUAAGAUUUAUCACUUCACUAAUUCUAUCCCGCGACUUCGUCCGCGUGAAUCAGUAUAUGAAAUAUAUCCUAUUUUCUAAGUUAGUCUAAUUUAAAUUUCAUUAAAAUCUGUUUAAUAGUCUUUGCUUGAAAGAUUAACAAACAAUUUCACGUUUAUAAUAUUAGUAAGAUUGCCACACAAAAUGUGUAAGUUUCUCUUUAGUAAUAACGUAUGUGACGAAAUAAGUCUGUUUUUUUCUCUUUCUCUUUUAUAAUAUGCUUUUUUUUCUCUAAUUAUUAAAAAAAAAACAGUGUUGAAUGUUCUAAAAUGGUAUAAAGAAAUCGUAUGUAAGGAUAUCACAUAACUAAUUUGUCUUUGGUAGUUAUUAGGCAAGUAGGUUAUCACCCUACUGUGCCUUACUCUAUUACUAUAUUAAUGAAUAAGUCCUUGUAUUUAUAUAAAUAUAACUGUCGUUAUAGAAAUUGCAUUUUUACAACUAGCCGUAUUUUUGCCAGUAUUUCACACUAUUUAGUUAAUUAGAUGAAUAGUUUUAUGAUCUAUUCGAUAAACAUACAUACAUACAGCCUAUGUCGGUCGGUAUAAGUCUCUUGCCUCAUUUUUUCUACGUUCUAUAUUGUAUAUUUUGUAUUUAUAAUGGAAAAAAAUAAUAAUGAUAAUGCAUUUAAUAGUUGUAAAUAUCACAAUGUUUUCAAAUAGAAUUGACAGAAAAAGACAGUUACCAAUAGUUAGUGAUACACCAAAAUAUAAUGUAAUAACACGACGAGUUAUUUUUUAUUGAUAAAAUAAUAAAAUUAAAUCAUAUACUCGUAGAUAUUAAUAACCUAAGAUUUCAUUAUAAAAAAUGAUUUUUUUGUAAGUAUCUGUAAUUCUUAUAUGUGGUAUAUAGGUGUUCUUUUUUACACAUUUCGAACUGUCAUAUGAAAUUUUAAUUUAAAAACAAAAUAAAAUGACUGCAAAAAGAAAAUAUCUUUGUAGUAUCUUUAUGUUAAUUUUCAUUGUAUUAACUCUAUAAACCACCAUACGAUAGUUAUAACUGCGUAUUUGAAUUUAUACAGAACUACUUCGGACCAAAUACAUUAAUGUCUACAAAGUUCAAACAUAUCUGAACUGAAAAUUCAUAUCUCUGUCUUUAUUAGCAAUAAACGGUGUUAGUACAUAGUUUAUAUAUUGUUUUGUAAACUUUAAUCUAAGUAAUUGUAGCGUUAGUAAAGGGACUAAUUUUCUAUUACAUUAUCCAUUGUGUACAAACGAAGGACUUCAAUUAUUGUGAUUCCAUAAUUGAAGUCCUUCGUUUCGAAUUAAUUAGAAUGGAAAUAGAUACAGUGAUAGAUUAAACAAUUAAAGUAGUUGACUCACAAUGUAAAAAUAUAUAUUUAAUGGUGUUCUGAUAAAUAUUAAGAUGAAAUCAAUAUUAACUUUUUAAGCAACUUUAAAACAGGAGGAGGCUCUCGAUUUGGUUAUAAUUUUCUAUGUUUGUUACCUCAUAUCUUCGUUAUUUAUAAACAGAUUUAGAUUUUUCUAAAAUGUAUCAAAAUCGGGUCAGUAAUUUAAUUUUUAAAUCAAAUUAACUGUUUGUGCCACGAUGGAAGUCAGUGUUUUUUAUGUGAAGCAAAAUCUGAAAUUAUAAGUGUGUUUUCCAGUAAGACUGAAGAUUUACCUUGUUCUCUACCAUAAUAUUGGUGAUUUCUAUUGCACCCUGUAUAAUAUAAUGGAAAAAUAGUCCCAAAUUUUCACUGUACUACGCACAUUAUAAAUUCUUGCCUAAUAUUCUCACUGUUUACUGUUACAUAAGUUAACUUCGAUGUUAGGGUGUUUACACCAUUACGUGUUUUUAAAAGGAGUAACCAUGGACUAACACAAUACCUAAUGAGUGAUAACAUCAUCUGUUGUCAUUAACGAGGACCGUCUUGAGUAUGAUUACUUAAUUUAAACUCAUUAUUUACUUAAUUAUCGUCAAAUGGAUUUAUCGGUUUGCCAGUCAAGCUGUUCUCUUCCCCAUUCAAAGGUUGCCUGUAAACUUUUCUUAUAAUUGACUGUAUUUAUAAUAAUUUUACUAAUACUUACUUUACUACUUACUUUGUAAUCUAUUGAAAAAAACAAUAAAGAGUAUCUAUCUAUCUUUCUACCCAAUUUGACUUUACAAAUAUAAAAAAAAAAAACACUCAGGAACGGCGUAAAAAGUUUUGCAUGGAUGCACAACGUGCUCGUGACGUCACUAGUAUUAUAGGCAUUCAUAAGUUACCGUAUAAUCGGUCAAAUGCUAGUUUUCAACUGUCGUUGUGUAACAAACUGGAUUGUGAUUAAUUAAUAGGCAUUCACAGUUUACGUUUAGAACAUACGCAGAAGAAUUGACAGUUAAAAAUGUUGUUAUAAACAUGGCUACUCCUUAUGCGAUGAAUGUCUCUAGACAAACAUCUGAUUAUACCAAAGGUCACCCCAUCAAGAUACGAAUACUGAUGGUGUAUUUCAUUUUCUAAGUUCUUUUCAUUUAAAUAAAUCGCAAAUAUACUAAUGUUUGUAUCUUACCUCCUCUAUUUUCACUUCACAAAACUUCUAAGAUUAAACUUCCCAAUAUAUAUUUUCUGCUUCUAUGGAUACUAUGGACAACGAAAUGAAAGUAGCACGUGGUUUUGCUCCCCAGUAUACCAAUUUCAUAGAUGUACAAUUACUGAAAUUUAAAUAUAUUCCACUUGUGAAACUUCGAUAUCGGAAGGGGUGAUCGGUGGUUUAGACGAAAUAAAUGACGUCCAAAGUAGAGAUUGUAUUAAAAGACAAUAUAAUUGUGUAAUGUAAUGUUAAUUUUGUGAAGAAUCUCUAGACGAUGUUCUAUGUGUGAUUUACCUGCGAGUGUUCAACACCGUCGAGUGUCGGAUCAAAUUUUAUACAGCCUCUUUGAACAAAAUCUUUUCAUGAUUUUGGCUAGUAGGAAAAUCCAAACUGUAUGGGAUUGCUAUUUGCAUUUUUUGUGUGGGUAUGUGGUAAUUUAUAAGUUUAUACACGCUGUCUGGCACACACACACGUAAUGGCUAGUCAGUAACGCAGGAGCCGUGGGCGAGUGCGGACGUUCAUCAUUGUUUUGUGCGAUGUGUGAUAGAGACAGCGUAUGAGAUUAGAUUUAAUAUCUAUCCAUGACAUUAACGUUUUAUUAUUGAGCAUUAGUUUAGUCUUUCUUUAGGUAAGACCAAGAUAAUAAUCUUCAGCGUAGGUUAAGCGACUUGGUAUAGAAUUUUAUCUUGGGUUUUAUUUUAUCUUGCAUAAGUAUUGUGUUCUAUGACACUAGUGGAAUGUUAUUCUGUCACCACCUGAAAAUAUUGGGUAACACUAAGUUGCUAUUCUCAUACAUUUGGAGUUUUCUAUUAGCGACACUCUCUCUAUGGGGCAGUAUUUAGAACGUACAACGUGCAUACGAUUCGUUUUUACUUAUCAGUAGAUAGAAGUGUAACAGGCUUUCGUAGAUGAUGCCCAAAAUCGUAUGUAAAAAAUACUGAGAUGUCUUUUGUAUUUAUUUAGGAUUAAAACUAAGUCAAUCAUGACAAACAAAUGGAUUUGUUAUUUAGCUAACAUUUCGUAGACUGAAUGCGUUGAGUUAACUACAAAAAAAAAAAAAAUUGAAAUUCGUCAUAUCCAAGGUCAAGAAGCCAGAAUGUUUACCACACCGUUAUUUGUAUUAACUUGAAUUUUAUACAUAUUACACUCAAUUGUGGUGUAAUUAAUUGUAAACAUUUUUACAAUGUCAAAUACCAAAGCAAUUAUUUUACCAUCUGUUACAGAAGCGGCAUUGUAGAUAAUAUUUUAACAAUUUUAAUAAUUGUAACUUAAAGAAAAUAUGUCACUGUAACUUAAUGAAAAUAUGUCAGCCCUUGAAGACAAGUGGUAAAUGAAUUUAACGAAUUUAUCGGUAGAUACAUUGUGGUGUCGCGUGAAUGAGAAAUAACAAGACUGCUGUCUCGUUUUGUCUCAAAAGAUCUCUAAUCGAUAAAUCGACCGCCACUUGUCUAUAAGUGGCUUAAUUUCUUCUUUAAACUGAUUUCUAUCAAUUUUUAUAUUCCUUCUUUUACUUUAAAUGCAUUGGUGUAUUUAAGAUUAUUUAGGAGGGCAGGGCCCUUUAAAAUGGUCUCUUAAACAUGUCUUUGAGCAAAGUCUUUUCGCUCACUUCCUGGUGGGCACCAGAAUAAUCUGAGGUGGGCACCCUACUCCAUCUUAAAUGCGCCUAUGUUUAAAUGUAAUAUCUUUUUUAGUCGAGUUAGAUAGUCGGAGAAACUCGUAAGCCUGUUAUAAUAUAAUAAGCACAGAAACACGUGACAUUUUGCAUAGACACCGGGUAGACGGGCUAAUUUCCUGUUCGUGCAUCGAAGUAAGCCCUACACGCCCGCUGUAGUGUAUAAUAUAUUUAUUAAGCCUGUGGUAUAUGUAUUAAGAUUUGAUAUCAAAUAUACAAUUGAUAAAA